AUGGCUACUAACAUCAACAUUCCAUCACUUUUUACACUUCCAGUUGAAUUAAUCUAUCGUAUUUUAAACAAUCUUGAUAAUCAAACUAUUCUAUUUUCAUUUGGUAAUGUUUGUAAACGAUUUCAAUCCAUUAUUAAUACAUAUAAUCAAUAUAAAUUAAAUUUUCAAUCAGUAUCUAAAUUAUGUUUCCAUUCAAUUUGUUAUUUAAUACAUCCAGAAAAUAUUAUUUCACUUACACUUUCAAAUGAUAAUAAAACACCAAAUCAAAUCAAAUGUUUUUUUUCAUUUUUUCAAAUUCAACAAUUUACUUGUUUACGUUCAUUAACACUUAUAGAAAUCGAUGAAAAUGAUUUUCAUAAUAUUUUUCCAUUUAAAAAUAUUCUUAUAUCAUUAUCAUUUACUUUUCGAAAUAAUAUUCUUCAAAAUUCAAAAACAUUACAAUUAAUUUCUUCAAUAAUAUCUAAUAAUAAUCUUCGACAUCUUGAUUUUUUUUUAUCAUCGAGUAAAAUCGAUGAUUUAAUAUGGCCUAAUCAAUGUUUACUUCAAUCUCUCGUACUAUCUAAUCGUAUAAAUUUCAUACAAUUCUCUACAAUACUUUCCUAUUCAUUACAAUUAAAAAAAUUUGUAUUACAAGAUUGUAUUAUAGAAGAUCUAACUGAUAUUGAUUCUUUAAUUUCUUAUCCACAAUUAAUUUCACUUACAUUUGAUGAUAGUGAAUUAAAUGUGAAUGAAUGUCAAUUAAUAUUAUCUUUAACACCUUCAUUAGAAUAUCUUCAUAUAGUUGGAGGAACAAAUUUAUCUAAUGGUUUUUGUUGGGAAAAAUUUAUUCAAAAGAAAUUAUUAAAAUUAAAUAAAUUUGAAUUUGCUUUUUGUGGUACUACAGAUGUUAGAGUUGAAGAUUCAAUUAAUGUUGAAUCAUUGAUAACUUCAUUUCGAACACCAUUUUGGAUUGAUAAUAAACAUUGGUUUGUUGUUUGUUAUUAUUUUAAAGAUUCAGCUAAUUAUAGUAUUUAUUCAUUACCAAUUUGUAAAUCAAAAGUAAGAUUUUAUCCUCAUGAAGAUAAAAUUACAUGUUCAACGUAUUCAAAUUUUUAUAAUGAUGUUUCAAUGACAGAUAAUGUACGUGAAAUGCAAUUAAAUUUAACUGAUUUAAUGGCUCGUCAUAAUCAAGAUGUAAAGAAUACAUCAGCAAGUUAUACUCUUUUUCGCAAACUGAACAAACUCUUGCUUUUUAUUGAUAAUGAAUGGCCCAUUGGUUCAAUUGAAUAUCUCUCAACAUUUAUUGAUUUAUCAUAUAUCGUUGAAUUAUUAAUCAGUAUUGAUUUUGAUUCAGAAUCUGUUUCAAAUAAACUUACUAAUAUUACUCAUUUACUUAAACAAACAUUGAAUUUACAUACUUUGACAAUUGAUAGUUCAUUAACAAGUGCAGAAAAUAUUUGUUUAUUAGUACCUGAUUAUAUAAAACAUUUACAAGUAUCAGUUAAAAAUAUUGAUGAUACUAAAUUAAUUAUUGAACAACUUAAACAUUUAUCGAGUGUCACAUUUGAAACUUUGUAUGAUAUAAAAUGUUUAUCACCAGAAUUUGUGACAUGGCUUAUGGAAAAAAGAAAUCAAUCAACAUAUAGAAAUGAAAACACGUUUCUUAGUAUUUGGUUUUAA